AUGGAUCCGAACCGGAUCAUUCAGGCCCUGCGGGGGACCAUAGACCCCAAGAUGAGGCUGGCGGCCGAGAACGAGCUCAACCAGUCUUACAAGAUCAUCAGCUUUGCUCCUACAUUGCUGCAAAUCAUUGUGUCUGAUCAGGUGGAGUUUCCUGUGCGACAAGCCGCUGCCAUCUACCUAAAGAACAUGGUGACACAGUACUGGCCUGACCGAGAACCCAUGGCAGGAGAAGUCAUCUUCCCAUUCAACAUACACGAAAAUGACCGCCAGCAAAUCCGUGAUAACAUUGUGGAGGGGAUCAUCCGCUCACCUGACCUUGUAAGGGCUCAGCUGACUCUCUGCUUACGCGUAAUCAUUAAACACGAUUUCCCGGGGCGGUGGACCGGAGUGGUGGACAAGAUCGGCUUCUACCUGCAGUCUCAGAACACUGGCAGUUGGCUGGGCAGUCUGCUCUGCCUAUACCAGCUGGUGAAGACUUAUGAGUAUAAGAAGGCAGAUGAGCGAGCCCCUCUCAUCGCAGCCAUGCAGAUCUUCCUGCCCCGUCUCCAGCAGCAGAUUGUUCAGCUGCUUCCAGACCCCUCCCACUAUUCUGUGUUGAUGCAGAAGCAGAUUCUGAAAAUAUUCUAUGCCCUCAUCCAGUACACUCUGCCGCUUCAGCUGGUAAACAAUCAGACCAUGACGCAAUGGAUGGGAAUAUUUAGCAGUAUUGCUGAUCGGGAUGUUCCUCCUGAAACGCUUCAGGUGGAUGAAGAUGACCGUCCAGAGCUGGUCUGGUGGAAGUGCAAGAAGUGGGCCCUUCACACCAUCACCCGACUCUUUGAACGGUAUGGAAGUCCUGGAAGUGUCACCAAGGAAUAUAUUGAGUUCUCAGAAUUCUUUGUGAAAACAUAUGCUGUGGGAAUAUUGCAGGUUCUGCUGAAAGUCCUGGAGCAGCACAGACAAAAGCAGUAUGUGGCCCCGCGGGUUUUGCAGCAGACUCUCAACUACCUGAACCUGGGGGUGUCUCAUGCCGUCACCUGGAAGGUUCUGAAGCCAAACAUGCAGAGUAUUUCUGAAGAGGUGAUUUUCCCCUUGAUGUGCUACAAAGAUGAAGAUGAGGAUUUGUGGCAGGAUGACCCAUAUGAGUACAUUCGCAUGAAGUUUGAUGUGUUUGAAGAUUAUGUAUCUCCUUCCACUGCUGCUCAAAACCUGCUCUUUACUGCCUCCAAGAAGAGGAAAGAGGUGUUGCCAAAGAUGAUGAAUUUUUGUUACCAGAUCCUCACCAGUUCCUCGGUUGACCCGCGGAAAAUAGAUGGGGCGCUUCAUGUGCUGGGCUCACUUGCAGAGAUUUUAUUAAAGAAAUCUGUGUACAAGGAUCAGAUGGAAGUCUUCAUCCAGAAUCAUGUUUUCCCACUGUUCAUGUCUGAGCUGGGCUACCUCCGAGCACGAUCAUGUUGGGUUCUUCACUCAUUCAGCACACUGAAGUUUCACAAUGAGCUGAACCUUCGAAAUGCCGUAGAGUUGGCAAAGAAAAGUCUGCUGGAAGAUAAGGAACUGCCAGUGAAGGUGGAGGCUGCCAUUGCUCUGCAGAUGUUAAUCAGUUACCAGGGGGCUGCAAAAGAGUACAUGAGGCCGUACAUCCGACCAGUUAUGCAGGAGCUGCUGCACAUAGUUCGGGAGACCGAGAAUGAUGAUCUGACCAACGUCAUCCAGAAGAUGAUAUGCGAGUACAGUCAGGAAGUGGCCCCCAUUGCUGUGGAUAUGACAAGGCAUCUAGCUGAGAUAUUUGUAAAGGUCCUGCAGAGUGAAGAGUAUGAGGAGGUGGAGGACAAAACCGUCAUGGCGAUGGGAAUCCUUCACACCAUCGACAUUGUCCUGACUGUUGUGGAGAAUCAUAAAGAGGUGAAGCAGCAGCUGGAGGGGAUCUGUUUGCAGAUUGUUGGUCUUGUGCUCCAGAAACAUAUUAUAGAGUUCUAUGAGGAGAUUCUAGCACUAGCAUACAGCCUCACCAACCAGACCAUCUCCCCACAGAUGUGGCAACUUCUAGAGAUCCUUUUUGAAGUUUUUCAGAGAGACUGCUAUGAAUAUUUUACAGAUAUGAUGCCACUUCUUCAUAAUUAUAUCACGGUGGAUACAGGCACACUGCUGACUAACCCUAAACACCUGGAGAUUAUUUACACCAUGUGUAAGAAGGUGCUGACAGGAGAAGCGGGAGAAGAUGCGGAGUGUCAUGCAGCCAAACUCCUAGAGGUCAUUAUUCUUCAGUGUAAGGGUCGAGGGAUAGACCAGUGCAUCCCGCUUUUUGUUGAAGCUGUCCUCGAACGGUUGACGCGAGGUGUGAAAUCCAGCGAGCUGCGCACCAUGUGCUUGCAGGUUGUCAUUGCAGCUCUGUAUUAUAACUCCGCUCUGCUCCUCAACACCCUGGAACAGAUCCGGUUUCCGCACAGUUCAGAGCCAAUCACAGCACAGUUCAUCAACCAAUGGGUGAACGACACGGACUGCUUCCUGGGGCUACAUGAUAGGAAGAUGUGUGUGAUUGGCCUCAGUAUGCUUAUGGAGCUCCCAAAUCGACCAGCAGCUGUCAGUGCUGUGGCUUCGCUCAUCGUGCCUUCCAUCCUUCUCCUGUUCCUCGGGCUGAGGCAGGUUUGUGCCAACCGUGACCAUCCGGACCGAAGGACGUCAGCCCGAAACAUAAAGACCGAUACUGAGGAAAAUGAGGAGAUUCCAAGUGACGAGGAGGAGGCAAACAGCCUGGGCCAGGCCAUGCAGGAUAGCACCCGGGAUGAUGAUGAGGAGGAUGACGAUGAGGACUGGGAUGAUGAAGCACUGGAGGAGACGGCCUUAGAAGGGUUUAGUACUCCGCUUGAUUGCCAUGAUGCCUUGGAUGAAUACCAGUUUUUUACAGGUGUCUUGUUAGGCAUACAGAGCAGAGACCCAGUCUGGUAUCACUCACUGACAGCACCGCUCAGCAAUGACCAGAAGAAGCAGUUGCAGGAAAUUUAUACACUGUCGGAGCAGCGGAGGAGUGCAGCCGCUUCUCGAAAGCUCGAGCAGCAACAGCAGUCGGGGCAAAUGGUUGGCGGUUCCCAGCAAUGA